UGCAGCUACCAUCAUGGCCCAGACCCUGCAGAUGGAGAUCCCAAACUUUGGCAACAGCAUUCUGGAGUGCCUGAAUGAGCAGCGGCUUCAGGGCCUGUACUGUGAUGUGUCAGUGGUGGUCAAAGGUCACGCCUUCAAGGCCCACCCAGUACUGGCUGCUAGCAGCUCCUACUUCCGGGACCUGUUUAACAGCAGCCGGAGCGCAGUGGUAGAGCUGCCAGCAGCUGUGCAGCCCCAGUCCUUCUAGCAGAUCCUCAGCUUCUGCUACACGGGCCGGCUGAGCAUGAAUAUGGGGGACCAGUUCCUACUCAUGUAUACAGCUGGCUUCCUUCAGAUCCAGGAGAUCAUGGAGAAGGGCACCGAGUUCUUCCUCAAGGUGAGCUCCCCCAGCUGCGACUCCCAGGGCCUACACGCCGAGGAGGCACCGUCUUCUGAGCCCCAGAGCCCUGUGGCUCAGACAUCGAGCUGGACGGCCUGCAGCACCCCGUUGCCCCUUGUGUCACGCGUCAAAACAGAACAGCAGGAGUCGGACUCGGUGCAGUGCACGCCUGUGGCCAAGCGGCUGUGGGACAGCAGCCAGAAGGAGGCUGGGGUUGGCGGCAGCAGUGGUGGCAAUGGUAGCUGCAAGAUGGCCAGGUUCUCCACAUUGGACCUAGCCACCAACCGGCCACCGCAGCAGGCCCUGGCGGCGGCUGCGGCAGCAGCAGCAGCAGGGGGCGUGGUGAGUGGGCCCAGCGUGUCUGAGCGGACCAGCCCAGGCACCUCGAGCGCCUAUACCAGCGACAGCCCAGGCUCCUACCACAAUGAGGAGGACGAGGAGGAGGAUGCAGGCAAGGAGGGCACAGAUGAGCAGUACCGACAGAUCUGUAACAUGUACACCAUGUAUAGCAUGAUGAAUGUUAGCCAGAGUGCUGAGAUGGUGGAGGCCCUACCUGAGCAGGUGAUCCCAGAGUCCCGGAAUCACAUCCGGGUGAGGCAAGACUUGGCUUCUCUCCCAGCCGUGCUCAUCAAUCAGAUUGGUAACCGCUGCCACCCCAAGCUCUAUGAUGAGGGUGACCCCUCUGAGAAGCUAGAGCUGGUGACAGGCACCAAUGUGUAUAUCACAAGGGCAAAGCUCAUGAACUGCCAUGUCAGCGCAGGCACACGGCACAAGGUCCUGCUGCGGUGCCUCCUGGCCUCCUUCUUUGACCGGAAUACACUGGCCAACAGCUGUAGCACUGAUCGCUCUUCCACCAAUGACCCCAGGCGUAAACCGCUGGACAGUCGCGUCCUCCACGCUGUCAAGUACUACUGCCAGAACUUUGCCCCAAACUUCAAGGAGAGUGAAAUGAAUGCCAUUGCGGCUGACAUGUGUACCAAUGCCCGCUGUAUUGUUCGGAAGAGUUGGAUUCCCAAAGGGAAGCCACCUGAGAAUGACACCUACACCACCUUCAUCAGUGACACGGGCAAGCUAGAGCCGGACAUGAUGGACGUGGAACACAGCUUUGAAACGGCCAGCCAUGAUGGCGAGGCUGGCCCCUCGGCCGAGGCCCUCCAGUAACCCCCACCAGGCCCUCCAU